AUGGCAUCCUCCACUAAAACCUCCCGUCUGCUCGCGACCUUGUGGCUCACGCUACUGCUGGUCGUAUCCACGGAGAAGUUAUCGGUGGACCGGGCGCAAUUGGUAUUGGCGUUCCGCCUCCGCCUCCGAACGGAAAGGCCUCACGUCCCUGAUGGCUGCAUCGAUCACGUUCUACUUGGAAGAAAACGCUGUCAGGACGACGCAAAUGGACAAUAUGGCUCCAGGACAAACCAUAAAAAAUGUGCUAAUUAA